GAAAAAUCGAUAAGUAGUAAGCAGUCAUGGAAACGACCCCCCCUCAAGCAAGUGGGAGGUGUUUAUGCAACUAAAGAAACGGAUUACACGAUCUUUCUUACGGAUUGUUACUUAAAAUCUCAAAUAUUCCAUCAAUUGGAAUUGCAGUUUGUUAGGAUUUUACUGGGAGAUUCAAGAACUAAAUUCUAGAAAUAUGAAAAUAUGAAAGAACUGUUUGGGCGUGAGUUUUAUUACAAGGAAACAAGAUCUUGUUUCAGCAGCUGCUAUUGUUACAGAUGUAAUUAUCGGACACUUGCAUCCUUCCUAAGCAUUUCCUUUUAAUGAAUUCAGACCUCAUAAACAUCAGCGGAAUAUGGGCCAUGACCAAUGUCACUCUGGAGACAAACGGAAACCAAUCGGACGACGCAGUCGUACGUCUGGCAGUCUAUGCAAUUCUGGCCAUUAUAGGAACCAUGCUAAACGUACUUCAAAUCAGCGCAUUGAUCGUUCAAUACGACUUACACCACUCCAGAAACACUCUGAUUGCCAACAAUGCCAUCUCUCACAUGAUCAUAACUUUGGUAGUGUAUUCGAGAAUUUGUAUUGAUAUAUUAUCCCGUAACAGUGAUAAAAUCCACAUUUGUCAUUGGUCCUGGUACGGCAGUUUGCUGACAUUUCUCACGGUUACCUUUAAUUAUUUAGCAAUUGCCCUCGAAAGUUUCGUUUACACCCAUAAAUUUUCCUAUCAUACCAAACAAUUAUUCUCUGGUAAAAAGUAUAUAAUAAUCAAUAUUGUUUCCAUUUGGUUAAUAUCUUUAAACUCCAUAACUUUUAUAAUCAUUAAAAACAAGUUAGACAUAUGUAAACAAAGCUAUUAUAACAACAGUCUGUACCUGUUAAUUCUGUCUCCUAUCAUCUUAACUCUAAUUCUCUUCAUAAAAUCCCUUCAUUCAUUAAAGGUGCAAAAUGAUCAUCUACCCAGCAACGAUAACGAACUGACAAAGAAAAGAUUUCAGUAUAAAUUACUGAAAAGUAACAGCAUUGCAUUUCUGUUAUUUUUAAUUCAGUGGUUGCCUUUGAUAUUCACUAUCCUUCUGUCCGAGCCUAAUGGCGUUUGGUACUCUGCCGUCGAGAACCUGUUGAUUCUGGCACAGAGCCACAGUUGCUUCUGGAGCCUGUGUUAUGUGUUCAGCAAUCACGCCUUCCAUCAAGCGUUUGCACGAAACAUUAGAUAUUUUUGUUUCAAAUCACAUGUAGAAUGCUCAAAAACGCUCCAGGAGAAACCUUAUGGUUCUGUUAGAGUCCACAUAGGAAUGGAAACCAGAGUCGGCGAACGGAAUCAGAAAUUCGAUAACGUUCUGUCGGCCAUGUUGCCGAACGAGAUGCCGCAAGCAAAAUCCGAACUGGAUUUCUUGUAAUAUUUUGAUUACCCAUGCAUGUUAAGGUGACUUUAACUGUCUUUUGGUCUUGCUGGAACAAAGAUGGCCUUAUAUGCUCAUUGUGGGUUUGACUUGGCCCACAACUGGUGACUGGAUAGUGAGAGAUGCAUUCCAAUAUAUCUUGGC